ACCCUUUCCGCUCCCCUGCCUCUGCCGAGGACCCCCGAACCAGCCCCGGCUCCCCUCGCUCUCAAGCUGUCCCAAAGGGCCACAAGCCCGGUGGCUGGCGUGUCAUCUGGAGGCCUGUGGAAAUUUUUUGUUCUAUUGGCCUGUGCCCUGGGGCUGUAGGGGACAGCGGUGGAGUGAGCCCGGAGGCAGGAUGCGGGCAGGACGCGGGCAGGGAGCAGCCCGUUGGUCUCGGGUCUCGGCCACUCCCCAGGCAGAGCCGUUGGCCGACUCCCCGCCGUAGGAGGACGCAGCCUGCCGGCCCGGUGCUGCUGCUGGUGCUGCCGGAGCUCGCGGAAGGCCCGGCCGCCCAGGACAGAGCUGCUUCUCCUUUUAAGGCCACGUCUGCGCUCCUGGCAAGGCCCGCCUGGCCAGCGCGCUCUGGGCCCCUGGAGGGAAUGAUGAUUAAUCGGCCCCUCCCCCGCCCUGCUUCCACGAGGUUCUUUUUAAAGGGUUGGCACCGCUCCCCCAGAAGAGGCACGCGGCAGACCCCCAGUGUCAGGGAAGCGCCCCGAGGGCGUGGGGGCUGCUCUGGGGGAGACCCAGGGCUUCUGGGGGCGCUAGGCUGGGCUGGGGUGCGUGGUUCUGUGGGCGGCAGGGGCACGCUGGCCAGGCAGGCCAGCUGGGGAAGGUCAGAGGUCACACUGAGGCGCGAUGCUGGUGGAGGGUCCGACUCGACUCGUCGGCUGGGUUUCGUCCCUGCAACCUGUGCCCACACGGGGCAGGGCAGCGCACAGGGGCUCCGACAAGGACAAGGCCUGCGGUGGGGGCGCGGGGGCGGGCAGCAGUGUCCGCGGGGGGCCUCGCCCAGCUGCUCCUGAGGGGCCGGCGGUGAGACCCUUGAACGUGGGCUGGGGCAGGAAGAGGGCGUCCCCAGCCAGGCUGUGAGCAGGUCUCAGGCGUGUCCUGCAGGGUGACCAUCAGACUGCUCCCCGCUCCUGCUGCAAACCGGCUCUCCUUCUGCCUGUCACAUCCAGCUACAGCCCAGUGAGUGUGAGGGGCUCCCUGCCCCCACUCCGCCAUGCAGCCCCCGGCCGUGGGGCAGGAGGGGGCAAGGGCACAUUCCAAGGGCCUGUCUCACCAGGCUCUGUGCCCCUGGCCGCCCGGCCCGCUGUGAUUCUCGCAGAGGAGCCAAGGACUUCUGCUGCCAAAUAAACCGGGGCUGGUCCCCGAUGGCCUGUGUUUGUUUUCAGGAAAGCAAGCGAGUGGAGACCAAGGCGGACGCCAAGGACGGAGCGGAGAGGAGCAGAGAUGCCAGCACGAAAGCCCCGGGCCCCAGGAAGGGCUCAGAGGCGGGGAGGGAGCCGAGGAGGGGGACCCUGCAGAGAAGCUUCUCGAGGGACAAAGGUGACAUCGACAAAGGCAAAGAUGCGGAGCGGCCCAGGCCCACGGGGGAGAAGGUCGUCGGGGGCAGCGACCGGGGCCGGGGCCAGGCAGCCGUGGACAAGACGGAGGCCGGGAGGGACGUGCGGGGGGACGCGGGGGCCACCCCCAGGAAGGAGGAGGGGGAGAGAGGCAGCGCCAGGAGCACGGGUUUGAGCAGCGACAAGGACAAGGUCAAGGACAAGGUCAAGGUCAAGGACAAGGACAAGGACAACGACAAGGACAAAGACAAGGACAAGGUCAAGGACAACGACAAGGUCAAGGACAAGGUCAAGGACAAGGACAAGGACAAGAAGACAGAGGCCGCCAAGGAGAGGGGCGAGAACAGGGAAGACGAGCAGGCGAAAGGGGGCGCCAGGAGCAGCGAGGCUGGGAAGGGCGCGCCCCCCCAGGAAGGGGGGCCCCCCGCGGCAGAGGGACAGGCGCCCCCGGAGGCGGCCCCCAGCAUCUUUGACGAGACCCUGGAGCAGGUGCGGGCCAACGACCCCACGGUGACGGAGGUGAACGUCAACAACUCGGACUGCAUCACCACCGAGGUGCUGGUGCGCUUCGCCGAGGCCCUGGAGUUCAACAGCGUGGUCAAGGUGUUCGCCCUGGCCAACACGCGGGCGGACGACCACGUGGCCUUCGCCAUCGCCAUCAUGCUCAAGGCCAACCGGAGCAUCACCAGCCUGAACCUGGACUCCAACCGCAUCUCGGGCCAGGGCCUGCUGGCCAUCUUCCGCGCCCUGCUGCACAACGGCACGCUGGCUGAGCUGCGUUUCCACAACCAGCGGCACAUCUGCGGCGGCAAGGCGGAGAUGGAGAUGGCCCGGCUGCUCAGGGACAACACCACCCUGCUCAAGCUCGGCUACCACUUCGAGCUGGCCGGGCCCCGCAUGGCCGUCACCAACCUGCUCAGCCGCAACAUGGACCGGCAGCGCCAGAGGCGCCUGCAGGAGCAGCGGCGGGCGCAGGAGGCCGCCGCGGAGAAGGGGGCUCUGCCGGAGGUGGCGGCGGCUGGCACCCGGGCCCAGGGCGCCCCCCGGCCCGCCCCCCAGCCGUCUCCCAAGGCCUCGCCCAAGAACUCGCCUGGGAAAGGGGGCGCCCCAGCGGCCCCACCGCCCCCCCCUCCUCCCCUGGCCCCUCCCCUGGCCCCUCCCCUGGCCGUGGAGAACCUGAGGAACUCGCUGUCACCCGCCACCCAGAGGAAGAUGGGGGACAGAGCCCUCCCUGCCCAGGAGAAGAACUCCCGUGACCAGCUGCUGGCCGCCAUCCGCUCCAGCAACCUGAAGCAGCUCAAGAAGGUGGCAGUGCCCAAGCUGCUCCAGUAGGACCAGGUGGCCAGGCACCGUCCUCCAGGGCUGCCCCGCCCCAGCUGCCCCGCUGCGACAUCCCCGCUCUGCCGUGGAGCACCUGGAGGGCGGCUCUCCGGCCUUCCCUUUCCGGUCUGAGAACUCCAGACGUGUCUUUUCUAUCUGGAGCUGAAGAAUCUGGACAAGUCACUGAGAAGGCGGCAAGCCUGGGGCCCACGCAGCUGGCAGGCUGCCAAAGGCCUGUGGUCCAGGACAGAUGUCCCACGGGGCCCACGUCACCAGCCCAGCCCACCGCCCUUGGGGCCAGGAUCCGGGCCUCUGAGGAGCCCUGGGGCAACGCUGCUGGGCUGGUGGCAGAUCGCGAGGGCCCACGGUAGGGGGACGGGAUGGGCUGAUGACACCCCACCUCCCUCGGAGAGGGCGUGGCAGGGGCAGCUGCCUGGACAGGGAGUGGGCUCUGGACGGGGGAGGGACACACAGCAGCCGGACCUGAAGUUCUGACGCCAAAGCAGACACUUUCCUCACGCUCCCUGCUGAUGUAUAAAUGGCUGUUUGUUUUUCCGUAAGAUUUUGAUAAUAUAUGAAGCCUUCAACUAUG